ACAGAGCAGAUACGCCCUAUUCCUUUUCUUCCGAAGAUCCGCAAACUCGGGGGUCCUGUUCGCAUCUCAGUCGCAGUGAAAGGCUUUGCUGCAGUGAUGACCAUGGAGCACCAUGUCGCCCCGGAUGACAGUACCUCUGAAGAGCGCUCUAGUCAGAACACCACGUCCAUCAUUCCCUAUUCAAGGCCUCACUCCCCAGAUUAUGCAGUGAUAUCAGAGAGAAUAAGGUCUUUCAACACCUAUCCUGAAAAUGCUGGAGGAAACCGGGAAAACAUGGCAAGAGCUGGAUUUUUCUACACUGGGAGAGACGAUAUUGUAACGUGCUUUCAUUGCGGCUACGAGCAAUGUCACUGGGAUGGUGAUGACGCCCCGGCUGUCGAGCACGCUCGAUGGAACCCGGACUGCGUGUUCGUCAGAAUCUUGCUCGGUGACGAACACGUUCGUUCCAUUAAACAAAUGCACCAAGCACUAAUUUCUCAGCGACUAGCGGAAGAGAGGCGCACUGGCGACGCGGUGGCCGAAACAAGGACUCUCGAACUGAUGUCUCUGUACGCAUCUUCCAACCCUGUUCUAUCAGAAGCCGUGAGCCGUGACAUGGUUGAGCUGGCAAUCCGUCACCGGAUCAACACAGCAAGAAAUAUUGAUGUGAAGAACGAAGAUGACUUAAUAAAUGCUCUGGCAGAUGUCACUAGGCUACCUAAAACCACCGGAGGCAGGGAAAUGUCGGGCUAUGAUGAUUGCGCCACGUGCUUCCAGUGCGGCCGACCCAGGGCCUGGCGAGGCGAUGAGGACGAUGCAUGUGCAGAUCACACUAAAUUCUCCCCGUGCCGCUGUUAUGUCCAACGUAUGUUGGAUGACGGUGCCGCUACCAAUGUGAGACAGAUGCAGAUACUCAGCACUUUGCAGCGCGAAGUAGUAGAAUCUACCCUCGUGGACGACUCGACUCAGAACGUCCUACGUCACCUCAUGAGCACACCCGCCAUUCAACGUCUAGUCCAGCGGGGCUUUGACAUCGUCAUCAUCAAGGUGGCGAUACUGAGAAGGCUAAAUUCCACAGGGUUAAUUGACGUGCUUGAUGAGGAAGACGUACGUAGAGCACUGGCAGACGUCGUUCCCUUGUCCAGCAACGUGGGAAUAACCAGAGGCUUCAAGCCGAAGCAGGAAGGCGUAACAAAGUGCGUGCUGUGCUUGAGGGGCGACCGCAACGUCGUCUUUCUACCUUGCAGUCAUUUACUCACAUGCGAAAACUGUGCUUUUAUGAGCCGCUGUUGCCCAGUGUGCUACAGCCGGGUCAUCUCGAGAAGCAUUGUGUACUUCUGAUGCCUGAUGAAAUGUAUGCGUACAUUUACUACACAGUUAUUGUUCCUCCGGUGCAGUAGAGGGUAUGUAGUGUCGGCAUGUACUCGCCUCAAACUUCGCCGUCUACUUCGCCAUGUACUUCGAUGUCUAGCUGUCUGUCAUUGCUGUUCUGUUCGCUUUCUCCCACAAUGUAUAUCUAUAACCAACA